AUUUAUACAAAUUAAAUCAAUUUUAACAUCAUAAACACUUAGAACGACAACUAGAAAUGUCGCAGUUAGGAACCAUAGACUAUUUUGAAUCAAGUGAUGCAUAUGUUAAGGAAAGAAGAUGCAAGUCAAUGUAUUUAUUUUUUAAACGAUUUCUAAAACCGAUAGCCUACAUCACACUGAACGUUGUAGUGACCAUAUGUGUGAUAUGUUUUUUUAAACUUAGCGGGUUUUUUGGAAUUGUGUCAAAUGUCACAGCAAAAGCAGUCAACGAAACAAGAAAUCAAACGGGAAACCUGUCGAUGUCCCAUUUUCCCACAGAGAUUAAACCGGACUCCAUUAGCCAGGAAACCAUGUACGCUUUGUUUGGCAUGGAUGCGAAUACUUUGGCCCACUCUGAUAUAAUUCGAUGGAAAAGGUUAGAGGGAUCCGAUUCAAUACUCCAAAGUGAAAAUGACCCUUGUGUCAUAUUUAAAAACCCGGGAUUGUACAGCACGUUUUCAGAAAUCACGUUCAAGUUCAAUCUAUCACAAUCGUCAUGGAAACUUCCCGGGCACUCUAUCACCGUCAAACGAAACGAAGACGAAACCCUGAUCAAGAAGAGGAACUUUGAGAAUCCUCGAUUCCAUAAGGAAGACCGCUUGCUUCUACAGACGACCAGUAUCCACGCAUUCAUCUGUAUUGGGCAAGGCGAUAAGGUGUGUGUGCAUGCCGCGCCACAGGACAUGGUUUACUGGUCUGAACUGGACAACUCUCUUACGUUUUUAAGUGUUAACGUCUUAUGUACGCACAAACAAAACUCUCGAUAGGAUUUUCCACACCUACCUAGAUCCGUACCAGGUCUCAGGACACCCACCAUUCAUACUUUAUCAUAUAUGUGUAUAAGCCAUUUUCAUUUAGUUCGAUUUAAUAUUUUAUUGACACGAAUCUCAAGUAUAACCAGUAGUGCACUCGUGCUAUAUCGAUGUAGUAAAAGUAAUACCGGUAAACAUCGCAAUCCGAUAAAAAACGAAGCUUCUUUGGGCGUUUUUAAAUAUUAAACAGAUGUUCAAGAUAUACAUAAGAAGUUGCUAGAUAGAUUCAGUCAUAAAUAAUUCAUUAUAAAACGCAACCACAAUAUAAUAAAAAAAAUUAACAACAAGCAUGGUACGUUUAUCAAAACAAAUUUAUUGAAACUCUCGGAUUUAUUAUUCUUGUGUUGCGCAUGUAUAUAGUUACACGAGCACUAUUAUUAGAUUUCUGCACUACUCGUCUAGAGUGAAUAAUAAAUUGGAAACCAACAUUACAUAUAGCCAUCAUCAUUCUACAAAAUAUGUACGCACUAUUUUUCGCUAAUUGGCAUAAAAUUUCAAACCCAACCAGUCUCUUCCUCUACUCAUAACAACUUUUGUAUGCAUUAAAAUCAGAAUCUAACUAUAGUUGUGUUUACUUCCGUGAUGAGUUGAAAAUCUGCACACGACAUAAAUUCUACAUUUGCUAUCCCCCUCAUCGUUUUCAGUUUUAAAACAGUUGGUCUAAGCAAUUAUUUGUUGAUAGACAUUCUUUGAUCAAUUAACAAAGGAAAAACUUAAAGUUUUGCAUGUUCGUGUUUUCCGUUGUAGUACAUGCUGCAUUGAUGAAGUUAUGCACUGUUCACUUUAAACACUGCUUGCUGCUCUUGUUUUUGUUACUAGCUCACAACGAAUUGUAUUUAUAUUAUAUGUGUGUAUCAAUUUGCGUGUUGUUUUUACGUAAAUUCUUUAAUUGUUAGUUUAUGUAUGGUACUGUACGUGUUUAAUGAAAAAUUGUACAUUUAUCGAUGGAACCUCAGUGGCAGGCGAUCAAAGACAGAGCUUUGUAAGAAAUAGUACUUAGCAUUUAAGAGAUAUAUUAAGAUAACUAUUCAGUAUAAAGUCGUGUCCGACUAGAAGUUAUAUUUGAAGGUCAUCGUUUUUUGUCAAAUAGCCAACGGCCCGAAUUUAAGAUGAGCUCUAUUGAAUCGCGAGAGUGAAGCAAACGUGAUUUUAGCCAUACUUAUCUUAAAUCCCGCCGCGGGUUAUUUGACAACAAAAUAUACCCUACAAGUCUUUUUAAACUAUAAUUUAAUUUGAACAUCUUUGUCUAUAUUAUAGGGUUAAAAUAAACACAGUUCUAAGUAUAGUCUACUACAAUUAGUAGUAUAUACUAUUUUAUAGUUAAUGCACUUAUAUGUUGGUGAAUCUUCUUGACUCCUUAAUAUAAAUGCAAACAAUUUCAUUCGCAAACAAGUUUAAAAUACCUUACA